UGUAGUAUACCAUACCUCAAUCAUGAGUACCUCAAACAUGGUCUUCACUGUGCUUUCAGUAGCUCUCUGUUCACUGUUAGGCCUCCAUUUUUUCACCAUUUUUUCUUCUGCUGCCACCAUUGAUGAAAACCAAGUGAGGGAAGCAGGUGCUUUACUUGAGUGGAAAGCUAGCCUUGACAACCAAAGCCAAGCUUCUCUGUCUUCAUGGACUGAAGGUGUGAAUCAUUGCAAGUGGAAAGAAAUCAUUUGUGACAAAUCCAACUCUGUCACCACUAUAAAUGUAGCAAAUCAUGGCCUAAAAGGUACUCUUCACACUCUCAACUUCUCAUCUUUUCCAAACCUGCUAACUCUGGAUGUCAGUAACAACAGUUUCAGUGAUACUAUUCCUCAACAAAUUGCUAACCUGUCCAGAGUUUCUGAGUUGAUAAUGAAUAAAAACAAUUUUAGUGGUCCAAUCCCCAUUUCCAUGACCAAGUUGGCCAACUUGAAGAUUCUAAACUUGAAAUACAAUAACAUUUCUGGCCCUCUUCCUGAAGAGAUUGCAGAAUUGAGGAACUUAGAGAGUCUGUUAUUUGAAUCAAAUCACCUUUCUGGUACCAUUCCUCCAACAAUUGGAAGGAUGGCCAACCUUGUCGAACUUAAUCUGCAACUCAACUCUAUCAAUGGUACAAUCCACCCUUCAAUUAGAAACUUGACAAAUUUAAAAUUCCUCAGGCUCCAACAAAAUAUACUCUAUGGCCCCAUUCCACAUUUCAUAGGAGAGAUGACCAAUUUGCAUGCUCUUGAAAUCGAUCAAAAUAGAUUUACAGGACAAAUUCCUCCCAAUAUUGGAAACUUGACAAAGAUGGUCAAUUUGUCCUUGGCCGCUAACAUGCUUUUUGGACCAAUUCCUCCCUCCCUGGGAAACUUGGUCAAUCUAAAGGCCUUAGAACUUUCCAGGAACAAUCUUUCCGGAGUUGUUCCUCCCAGCAUGGGAAAUUUGACAAACCCCAUCUAUUUAGUUUUGCAUACCAACAAACUUGAAGGCCGAUUACCACCAGGAAUGAAUAACUUCACCAAUUUAAUAAGCUUACAACUAGCUGGAAAUAGUUUCACUGGCCCUCUGCCCCAACAAAUUUGCCUUGGUGGGUCACUAACGUCUCUCAGUGCUGAAGGUAAUAAUUUCACGGGUCCAGUUCCAAAAAGCCUGAAAAAUUGCUCCAGUCUUAUGAGACUCAAACUAGAAGGAAACCGGUUGAGUGGAAAUAUAUCAGAUGAUUUUGGUGUUUAUCCAUUGUUGAAUUACAUUGAUCUGAGUGGGAAUAAUUUUUACGGCGACAUUUCUCCAAAUUGGGCAAAGUGUCCUAGUCUCUCAAGCCUUAUAAUGUCCAACAACAACUUAACCGGUAGUAUACCACCAGAACUCAGCCGGGCACCCAGGUUAGCAGAUCUUAACUUGUCUUCAAAUCAUUUAACUGGGAGAAUUCCAAAAGAACUCGGGAAGCUGACAUCUUUAUUGAAGCUAUCAGUAAGCAACAAUGAACUUUCUGGCUCUAUUCCUACAGAAAUAGGUGCUUUGUCGAACCUUGACACUCUGGAGCUUUCGGCAAAUAAUUUAGAUGGUGCAAUUCCAAAACAGUUGGCAGAGUUAUUCAAGUUGAUUCGCUUGAACUUGAGCAACAACAGAUUGACAGAAAGCAUUCCCUUGGAAUUGGGUCGUUUGCAAUCUCUUGAAAGCCUUGAUCUUAGUGUCAAUUUGUUAAAUGGAGAAAUACCAUCUUCACUUGCAAGUAUGCAAAGUUUGGAAACGCUAAAUCUCUCUCACAACAAUCUCUCUGGAGGCAUUCCAUCUAAUUUUAAGGAUGGCUUGGCAAAGAUUGACAUAUCUAACAACCAAUUGGAGGGUCCAAUUCCUAACAGUCGGGCCUUUCGCAAUGUUUCAUUUGAUGCAUUGAAAGGUAAUAAAGGCUUGUGUGGAAAUGUCCACGGUUUGGUGCCUUGCAACAGUCGUAUUGGUAAAGUGAAAAGAAAUGUCACCAUGUUGGCAUUAGUCCUUACUUUGGGUGCUCUACUUCUGGUAGUACUCGUGGUUGUAGUUUUGUUUUGUAUUCGCUACAGAAGAACAAUAACAGAAGGCAAAAAGGAGGAUGCUAAAGAAGAAGAAACUCAGGAACAUUAUGCCAUAUGGAGUUAUGAUGGAAAAUUAGUGUAUGAAAAUAUCAUUGAAGCCACAGAGAAUUUUGAUGACAGAUAUCUUAUUGGAGUAGGAGGGUCUGCAUCUGUUUAUAGGGCUAAAUUACCCACAGGACAGACUGUUGCUGUGAAAAAGAUUCAUGCUGCACCCGAUGAAGAAACACCGGAUUUAAAAGCUUUUAUGACUGAGGUUAAAGCCUUGGCAGAAAUCAAGCAUCGUAACAUUGUGAAGUCACUUGGAUAUUGUUUACAUCCACGUUUCUCCUUUUUGGUUUAUGAGUUCCUAGAGGGUGGUAGUUUGGAUAGAGUACUCAUGGAUGAUGUACGUGCAACAACGUUUGAUUGGAACAUGAGGGUAAAGGUUGUUAAAGGUGUCGCUAAUGCUUUGUAUCAUAUGCAUCAUGGUUGCUUUCCUCCUAUCAUUCAUCGAGACAUAUCAAGCAAGAAUGUUCUUAUAGAUUCGGAAUACGAAGCAAAAAUUUCUGACUUUGGAACAGCUAAAAUUCUGAAUCCUGAUUCACGCAAUUUAACAGCUUUUGCAGGCACAUAUGGGUAUGCUGCACCAGAGCUUGCUUAUACAAUGGAAGUGAAUGAAAAAUGUGAUGUGUUCAGUUUUGGAGUGCUUUGCUUUGAAAUAAUGAUGGGAAAGCACCCAGGAGAUCUCAUUCCAUCGUUGUUUCCAUCUUCUGAAACAACAUCAGCGUAUAAUUUGCUGUUGAAGGAUAUGUUGGACCAAAGACUAGCCCUUCCAGAGAAUCCAGUUGAUGAGGAGGUGAUUUUGAUUGCCAAAGUAACAUUUGCUUGCUUAAGUGAAACUCCACGUUUUCGUCCAAGCAUGGAACAAGUGUAUAACGAUUUUGUGAUGCCAAAAUCAUCUUCGCUCAAUUCACUCUCCAUCGUCACACUUGCUCAACUUGUCAAUAACUGAACCUUCUUUUCUGCUGUGGUGUAAGGUUUUCUUACGUUCAUGUUUUCUGUAAGCGUGUUUGAUGUAGUUUCUGCAAUUGUUAUGUUUGUUUCAUCAAAUAAAUAGUGCGAUUUUAAGGGGAAAGUAAUGUUUUUGGUUUUCAU